CACAAAUGUUGUCCAGUCAUGCUAUUUAUCUUGCGCGCCGUCACUUGCACGCACUCAAUUCUUUUCAGGAAACACUCGGUCGGCGCACAGCAGUGACAGUCGUGAACGUUCCUCGGCGACCAAGCCCAGCCCUUCCUCCUCCAGAGAAACGUAAGGCGGAGCCUGCAGACGACACGAAACGGCUGACUGAACAUUUGAAGCCUAGGGGACCUGCGGCGGCGCUUGCAGCCAAAGAGGACCCUUCAAAGGUUCAGAAGCCGAAGAAACUGCUGAAGCCGUAUGAACUCGCGUCCAGACUGAAGAAACUAUGUGCGGCAGGGGAUAUUGACGGUGCAGUUGAGACGUUGCAGGACAUGCCCUUAGAUGCGCAGACUCCGCCUGUGUGGAACACAUUGAUCUUGGAAUGCAUGAAAGCAGGGCGGUAUAAAUUGGCGUACAAGCUUCACACCGAUAUGAAACGUCGAGGACUCAAACCAACCGUCAGGACAUAUGACACUAUGCUAUACGGUUUGUCACGCAUUCAAGACUGGGAAAAUCACACGAAACUGCUCGAACAUGCCCAUUCCCUGUACGAAAAUCUCAUGAAACACUACAAUCUCGUGAAGAAGCUCGAUCCCCAGAGUAGCGAGCUUAAUGUCGAUCCGUUGGCGUCCUACAUCAAGAUACUGGCAGACACUAAUCAACACCAAAAGAUCUUCGAUGUCUACUAUGCCCUAGAUCAAGACGGUCCACUCGCUCCCAAUAACUUCCUCUACGGCGCCAUCUUCCGCGCUCUGGCAACUAGAAGGGCUGCCUCAGGGGAGGAUCGACGAAGCGUAGCAGCACAGAAUGCCUCAGACGCCAGGAUGCUCUGGAAGCAGAUGCUCAAGCGACCUGGGGCGUCUUCAACAUUCCCGGCCGAUUCACAUACCGUCGCUGCUGCUCUCCGAUGUCUUGCCUACGGGCGUUCCAUAGACCAUCAGCUCGGUCUGGACAUUGCACGCGAUGUCCUUGGUCUAGCAAAGCCUGGAGAAACUGCUCCUCCGGCGAAAGUCCCGCUUAGUCCCCAGUCAUUGGAAGCUGUUCUCAUCCUCUGCAACAAUAUGGGGGCACCCCGUAUCUGCAUUCACUUUGCACGACAAGCAAUGGAAAGGCCGCGCAAAUUCCAUGAACGGCCCAUCGUUGACUCUGGUCAUAUCAAUCAGCUCUUAAAGGCGCACGUGGCGCUGGCUGAGACUGGCUCUACUACAGAGUCUAAAGCAGCGUUGGAGGUAUUGGAGUGGAUGCUGGAACAAGACAUUCCCACCGCUAACGAGAAGAUCUCCAAAAUCCGGCCGAAGCGGUUGACCUACAAUCUGGUGCUGUCGGCUUGCCAACACUGCAAAGAUUGGUCGAGUGCGACCCGCGUGUUCGAAGUAAUGACUGGAUACCACGCGGAGGACUUCUUGAGCAAGUCGAAGAAGCCGAGGAAAGAUAAGAGGUCCCCGGGACAUUCGGUUUUCCCAGAUGCGACGACUAUGGCAUGUAUGGCUCGCACAGCGCUCGCUACAGGCGAUGGGAGCAACAUUCGGCAAUGCCUCCGUAUCAUUGACCACGUUCAGCUCGAUCACAUACUGAACACUGGAAUGCCUGCUGACCCGGAAGCAGAUAGUCCCGCUUUACGUCGCGCGCGCUCUUCGCAGGUGACUGAGCUGGCCACUGCUAUACUGGAGAUGGUGGGGACUAUUGAGGGACCCGAUGGUACAGGGAACAAACGCGAUCCCGAAGCUCCUCGCUGGAAUUCUCUGAGGACGCAUGCCACAGAAUUGAUCCAAGGUCAAGUAGCCACGCCCAUGCGUCCUUUGGUUUAAGAUCGCACCUGUUCGAGAUCUCUCAUGGAAUAGGCA